UGUUUCUCAUUAUCAGCAAAAUUAAAGCGGAUUCUGCUCAAGGAAACCAGGAAAUUCUGUAAACUAUGGAAGAUAUAGAGCCCAUCUCAGCUGCUGAACAGGUGUCGUUCUGUGUAGAAUUGAUGAAGCGCCUCAACAUUCAGCGAAAACAAGAUUAUUUGUGCGACAUUACUUUGGUUUCCAAAGAUAACAGAGAGUUAAAGGCUCAGAGAAAUGUUCUUUCCCCCGGUAGUCCCUAUUUUUGCAGACUUCUUCAGAGCGACAUGAAAGAAAAUCGAGAGGGGAUCAUUCGAUUUGAGGAGAUUUCAGGAUCUGUUAUGGAAGAUGUUUUAGAAUUCAUCUACACUGGAACUGUGGAAGUAACUCAGGAAAAUGCUAAGGAACUUAUCGCCGCAGGGAAUUAUCUGAUCAUACCGGGCUUGAAAACAGCUUCAGGGCGGUUUUUGGAAGGAGAAAUAUCACACGUAAACUGUAUUUCAACCUUUUACCUCGCUGAGAAAUACGAUUGUGACGAGCUCAUCACCAGCAGCAGGCGUUGUAUUCACGAAAACAUCGUUAAAGUGGCAAAACUGGAUGAAUUUUUGCACUUGGAAGCUAAAGAGAUCGAGAGGUGGAUUUCGUCGGAUGAAAUUACAGUCAAAGAGGAAGCUGAUGUUUUUACAAUCAUUUUGGACUGGGUAAAUCACAAAGUGAGCCCGCGAAAAACAUCAUUUGAAGAGUUGUUUCGUCAUGUUCGACUGGGUUUUCUGUCGCGUGACUGUUUGCAAGGUAUCGCGAUAAACGAACUGGUGCGUGAGAAUUUUGCCUGUGUGAAGCUAGUCAUGGAUGCUGCCAUGAAGAUGGCUGUCUUUGUUGAUGAAGAUCAUCUUCCGCAGUCACCCAGGAAAGGGCUGGAAACACGUGUUAUUGUGGCACGUGGUGGCAAGUACAAUUUAUGCUAUAUUCCUGAAGAAGACCAGUGGAAGCGUUUACCUAAUGGUACGAAGGAGCUGACAGCCACUACGUCGAAGAUGAUAAAAUUUCGUGAUCAAUUGUUUACCUUCACAAAAUCUGAGGGUGCAGAGAGGUACGAUCCAGUCUUUAACGAUUGGUCAGCCUUUAAAUCGCACGCGGGCAGCUGUUACGUAGCUAUCGUUAAAGGGGAAAUUUAUGCUGUUCAAGUAAACACCACUGACCAAAAAACUACGGUCGUAAAGUACAAUGUAGAGCUGUGCAGAUGGGAGGCAGUUGAUCUCUCGUUUGACCAAGAUUGUAGAGAGAAUAUUUGUGUUGUUGCAAGUGGUACACACCUGUAUAUGAUUGGUGGUUGGAGAAAAACACGCGGAUAUUUCGCAAAUGGUGAGAGAUUCGACACUGUAGAGAAGACAUGGGAAGAGAUCGCUAGUAUGCAGAUAGAAAGAGCUGGCCCUUUUGGGGUGGCCACUCAAGAAAAAAUUUUCGUCGCUGGAGGGGUAUACAGAGGACAAAAAUUAAAUACUUGUGAGGUGUACAGUAUAUCAACAAAUGAAUGGCAAGUAUUUCAAUGCCUGAAUGCUCCUCGUUGCUUUGGUAGUAUGGUACAGCUGAAUGGAAAGCUGUACGUACUGGGUGGAAUGAAUGAGAACAACCAAAGUGAGCUGAGUGUUGAGUGCUUUGACACUGCUGAGGACAGAUGGGUUCAGAAAACAACCAUACCAGUGGAAAGCAUCUCCUCAGAUUAUAAUUCGUUCAUUGGAUGUGUACUGAGGCUUUCCAAAGGAGCACUAGAUGAACUUAGUAUUAUAGAAGCGGAGUCUCUCAGUCAUUUUACGACUCUUUAAACCGUCCGGACAUUCUA